AUGGCAGAGCAAAGGUCGUGGUCGCUUGCCAAGCCCUUGGAGAAGGGGGCCGUCCUGCAGAAACAGGAGGGCAGCAGGCUCAAAAUAUCGUCGUUGCUUGCCGGAAACGACGAUGAGCUGGAGGCCCUCAAACAGGAAUUUGCUCCCUACCCACAAGGCAUGACGAUGGAAACCUUUUUUGGGGUGUUUUUUCGUCACAUUGAGAAGAAAUGGAAGUUUGAUCGUUUUGGGAUUUCGCAGCGCCUUCUAUCCAUUUUGCCAGCCGACGCGCUGGCAGAGUCUCACGUGAGUCUAUACAGCGUGCUGAGAAAGUCUGUGUUGAACCCAGGUCGAACGGCGUCGAUGAUUCCCGCAAAUAAAUUCAACAACAGAAAGAUCUGUAUGCAACAAAACGAUACAUUGAUUGCGCUUAGGGAGGGCACCUCAUUCCAGCGUUCACGGGGUUCGUCGUUGCUGAGCCUACAUGCACUUGAGACGUUAUUUGAAAAAAUUGAUAAUGACAGUGAUGGGCGUAUCUCUUGGGAUGAUGUACUGCAGCUGGCAGUGGAGGAGGCCACACAAAGUAUCACUAAUAUGACGGAAGAGAUGCACUCAUAUUUUAUUUCUCGUGUUUUUCCACGGACGCAUCUCAUCCACAUGGUGCAUACACUUCCAGAGCACAAGUCCAUGUUUGCCCUUGUGUCACGAGUGGAACCUCUCGUCUUGUUAAGUAAAAAGGACUUUGGUGUGGUGAAGGAGUUUAGCUUGAAGGAUUUUGGCAACAACCAUCCUCAACUCAUUGAAUACAUGCCAACGCCAGAUGUUAUCCUUGCCUACACAAUAAAUGACAAGACAAUACGCGGCUGGUGGAACGUCGCUUCAAAGAGUCGUAUGGGAACGCUCUCUCCAUUGUGUGUAGGGGAGUCAAUCCGACGUAUUUGCACGCAACCAAAUAUACAGCCUUAUUCCUUCUUUACUAGUGGCAGCCGCGGGAACGUGGUACGUUGGCAAGUACCCCAACAAUGUUCCGUGCUAGAGAUAUCCCGGGCGCAUUCCUAUGAAGGACUUCACUCCCCUGAAAGUGGCGGCAUCACAGACUUUGCGCUUGCGGAUGAAUGGAUAUUCUCUACAGGAUUUGAUCGCCGUUUGCUUUCAACAAACCUUGAAACGGGACGUUCGGUUCUUGUUGGACUUCCGCAUAAUACGAUUCGGUUUAUCGAGUACAAUAAGCAUUACACCUGUUUGCCUACUGUGUCUUAUUCAAAUCACAUUUUACUAUGGGAUGCUCGAUCGUCUGCAGUGGUGCCGGGUGCUACCUUUGGUGCUGGGGGAUCAAAGCCACACACCGCCGAUAUCAUUGGACUUUGCAAUGCUCCGGGUCUGCCCCAAAUAAUUACCUGCGAUUGUACGGGAAUGAUUAAAGUGUGGGAUCUGCGUACCCUUCAGUGCUCGCAGACGAUAUAUGCUGACAGAAGUGCUAUGGAUGAUGUUAAUGUAGAUUCUAAUUGUGGCGACAAGGCAGAUACUCUCACUAGUGUGUCGUUGGCGUCUCGUCAUGUACGCAAAGGUGAUACGCACAGUAUUCGUUCCUUUGGCAUCUUUCCGCAUACGCAAGAAGUUGUGUGUAGCUCCUCUGAAUCCAUUUACUGCCUUCGAUGCAAUCAACGCUGCGACGGUCACACUGCCGACGUCGAGUCUAUACGUUUUGCCUUUUAUGAUCCACGCCAGGGUACGAUCAUUCUUCAGGGAACGGCGCGCACAUCGGUUUGGGAUGCCGUAGAUGGAUCCCGCAGGCGUGUGUUUGAUCGCACAACUCAUGCAAAUAUUCCAUAUUGGAGGCAAGAGGUUUUUGCCGUCUGCCUGGACUACCUGCGGAACCGUCUCUUCUUUGCGAUAGCAGGAGGUACGGUGGAGAUCCGAUCAUCCAAAGAUUUUUCCGUUUUGGAAACAUUUUCAAUGCAUAAAGCCAACGCACAGGCGAUGCUCUUUAGUACGAAACACGAACUACUUGUGAGCAUUGCAGUUAACGGUUCGCUUGCCCUUCGAUAUGAACGCAAUUCUGAGCGUUCUGUUUCUACCAUUGGACUCUCCACCAACCCGUUGCGCGCGCUAUCGUUAAGUGACGAAGCAGGCAUAAUUUUGUGCUGCGACGAACGCAACCUCUUUUUUUUGGAUUACAAACAGACAAAAAUGCAUGCUGUGACUGUUGCGCUGACGUGUCCGCUGUGUACGGCCGCCAUGCUUGGCACCUACCCCGUGGCAGUCACGAGUAGUGAUGACGGGGAGCUUACCCUGUGGUCGUUACCGCCUGCAGAAAGAAGUUACAUGCCGUUGGUGUCUUUUUUCGUUGGGCAGUCUUCCUCAGAUAUUGGGCUAAGUGAAACGGAAAAGAAGACCCCUCUUAACGGUUCAUCGUUGCUUUUUCUUCAGCAGAGUGAUCUUGUUCCAUCAGCUUCUCAUGCAGCCCUCGCAACAGAACCCCCCAAGGAAUGUUCCAGCGGCGAAUCUGAUGACUCCCCAGAAGUUUUUGGAAAAACUGGCAAGAAGCAGUCAGGCUUUACCGACUUACUUGAUAUUAUUGCCGCGGAUGACAGAGCGAAUAAGGCAUAUACUGCGAUCUCUUUUGAUGAUGUUUCGCAUCGUCUUUUUGUGGCAGACCAAAAAGGAAGGUUGUUUAUUCACUCGUGCUGUAAUUUCCUGCGCGGAUUUGGCAUUCAGCAUUGCUCCUUUGAGAAACGCACGAGGUAUCCUCUUCAGGGUAUGCAUAAAGGCGUUAACACGUCUCAGGUACCGAUAUUACUUCAAACUGUUUCGGUUCACAAAGGUCCUACAACAUUUAUGGCCUGGUUCCCUGGAUUAAGCGCUGUCAUUUCAUGCGGCAGUGACAACCUGGCGAAAAUCCUUGAUCGUGAUGGCGCUGUGACUGGACAGCUUGUGAUGGAUCGGUUUUCAUCUAAGAUGCUCUCGGAUGAGGCGGAAGGAGUAGAAACUAAAUUUUCUACUGAAAAAAAGUUUAGGACAUCCCUGAACCCUUUUACACUACCUCCUCCUCUCCCAACCUCGGCCCCGUGCCAGGAGUGCGUUCAGAUUGAAAAAGAGCUGAAAAAUUGGCCACAAUCCCCACUGAUGGAGACAAACGAAGAGAUACAGCAGCUGCCGGUUGUGAACGGGUGCCAAGAUGGUAGUUGUGUGUCAUUGGCUAGAAACGAUUCUACGUCAACGAAGAUGGACGCUUUUUUGGUACAGUGUGUGAAGAUGUUCACGACAGCUCAAACAAGAAACCGUUGUUGCCCUCUCCCGUCAGCAAUCGGCUGGUGGAGCUCGAGGAAAAGAAACAGUGGCGCCCACGAAGGGAAGAGCCACGCGCUUUUCGGGGGAAGGAAUACGAUGUGGCAACACGGACAAUUUGCAGUGUUGAGGAGGCAAUGA